AUGGCACCAGCUAAUGUAAAGGACAUUGUGGCAGACAUUUCUGCGAACACAGGCGUAGAGGCUGCUGAGGAUGAGCAUGAGGGAUUUCUGGGUGGUCCAAGCGACCCAUCCGUGUUGACCCAGUAUGCGGAUCACGUUGCUUGCAGCGUAUGGACAGGAGAGGAGCGUCCUAAGUUGAAGUUAUCCUCUCAUGGGAGGAAGGUCCAUAGUUUAGGCAGGCAUGUCCCUGGCAUUGAGGGACUUGUUGCUGGGACAGGACUAAGUCCUCUGAUCGCGUGUUCGGUAGACCUUGGCGAUCGGGGACUUUUGUCCUCGUUUGUGGAGCGGUGGCACCGGGAGACGUCUAGUUUCCAUCUCCCGGUGGGAGAGCUCACCAUCAUGUUGGACGACGUCUCCUCGCUUCUCCAUCUGCCUGUGGUUGGCGACUUGCACGCCUUUCAGCCCUUGCACGUGGACAAUGCGGUUCAAAUGUUGGUGGACUUAUUGAUGGUCUCUGCAAAAUCUGUUGGGGCUGAGACAGCCCAGUGUCAUGGACCGUACGUACGCCUGCAAUGGGUACGUGACAUAUACGAGCGUCGAUGCCAGACAAGUCAUUGGACAGUUGCGGCUCGUGCAUAUCUUCUUCAUCUUCUGGGUUGCACUCUGUUUGCUAACAAAAGUGCAACCGAUGUUCAUGUUGUGUACUUGGAGGCCCUUCGUGACCUCAGUAUGACGGAGAGGUAUGCUUGGGGAGUGGCUGCUCUGGUGCAUAUGUACGACCAGCUGAACGAUACAUCUAUCAGCCACAGCCGACAGCUUGGCGGUUACAUCAUACUGCUGCAGAUUUACGAGCACUUUUCGUCCGUCGCGGACUCCACUGCUGAUCAGGAAUACGACGAGGAUUCCCCGCGUGCGUGUAGGUGGAUUGCGAUGAAGAAGAUCGUGAAGAGCAUACGUACACCGACGUACAGGGAGCGCCUGGACCGACUCCGGAUUCCAGAUGUCUGUUGGAUCCCGUAUGGGGAGCAUCUAUCGGUCCGGGACUUCCAUGUCAUAUCAUGUUAUUCCGGUCUCUUGGGCUGGGGGCCUAUUGCUGUUUAUUACCGACCUGAGAGGGUCGUGCGGCAAUUUGGAUACAUGCAGACCAUUCAUGCUCCUCCUGUCGAUUCAUGGGUGUCGUAUAAUGAUAUACACGACAGGUGGAUGCACUACUCGGAUCAUAUCGUUCCAGCAGGUGAGGUGUGCGCUGUGCCAGGUCAGUGUGCUAGUGACUACAUGGACUGGUUCUUCCGCAUCUCGCAUCCUUUCAUGACACCAAGCCAUGCAUCAGAUCUUCUGCCUCAUGAUCAUGCCCCGCAGCCCCGAGUCGUCCCUCAGGCCCCGCAGACAGAUAUCCCUCACGUGCCAGAACCAGGAGCAUCAUCCACAUCUAUGGAGGAGCCUAGACAUGCAGUGGAAGUUUGUAAUGACAUUGCUGAGAGGUUGGAGUGUCAUCUAAGUCUAGGGGUGGUCACGCCAGGCUCAUUAACACAUGAGGUGAUCGAAGAAUGCCUCAGGUUGGCCAGGAGUGUGACACAGGACCAUCUAGUAUAUGUUAGGUCUAGACGCAGGCAGCGCAUGGAUCAGGCGUAA